GUGUUAAACAAAACACAUUGAACAGUUUGUGCUGGAAAUUCCUUAUGUUUGAGGUUGAGUAGGAGCAUUGUGCAAGACAGCUAUGCAUUUCCGGAAAAGGGCUGCCUUUUUUCCAGUAUCAAAGAGUUUGAUUUGCUACGCGUAUCUAGCUUAGCAUACUAGCCAGUAAAACUGAAUCCUGUUUGUAAUUCCAGCUACCGUUAGCUAUACAUUGAUGCUAAUCAUUUUYGAUAUUUCACAUUAAAGCAAAUUCCACAUGCACGUAUCGCCAUGGGCUGUYUAUUCCACUCAGUUUGAAAAGUCAGCUGCACUAAAAAGUAUUUGCAAUGCUAUCUAAUUGUUUCAUUUCUGACUGCCAGUUAGCUUCUUGCUAACUAAACGGUUUGCUGGCUUUCUGUGUACGUUUGAUGGCGGCGCUAUUUUCAGGCCGCGCUCAAACCAUUUUUCCCCUAAACACUAAAUAUCAGAUUUUAAAGAGACAGUCACAUUGGUCAAUGUGUCCACAGUGCAUAUAUCCACAKCGCAUAUUUUUUGUACAGUCCAAUUUUUUUAUUGAUACUCUCGCGAUACAUUMUCAUGCUCGAGCUAUUUGUGAGAUUGCGUGAGAAGUCAGCCAGGUACAGUAGUCACCAACUCACUGUACACAAGUCGUAGCCCUCUGCUGUGCCCAUUUGCUAGCUAGCAUACUGUACUUUUGUUUAGGGCCUUUUAAUUMUGUACUUCGUAGAGGAGGAGAUGUAGUUGGCAAUGCAUGUGUCUGACAAUCACUUUUUGUUGUCAUAGACCCGCCCUUUUAUUACUGAUUAAAGGUCACGCAAUUUACACACAGGUCUGCGGUGAUUGGCAUUCACGGGGUGGUAGCUAGCCAUCCACAACUCAUGUAUUAUAGUUGCAGUUUCCAUUUCCUUUGUGAACUGUCUUAUUUGAAUGCCUUUACAUGCGUUUAGGGCAAAACAGCUCCCUCAGAUGUAAUAAUUUCCKGAAUCUCUGCAGCAGAGGUAUUGACAGUGACAUCAUUAUUUUUGGUACUUGAAAUGUGUUAGACUAUUUACAGUAUAUGCACUGUGUGUUUCCAUGUGUGUUGCAGAUCAACAGGACAGUAUGGCCACCACUGUUGCUGUCAGUCCCAGCGAGUAUCUCCAGCCCUCUGCCACUUCCUCUCAAGACUCCCAGCCCUCCCCACUGGCCCUCCUGGCCGCCACCUGUAGUAAGAUCGGCCCCCCUGCUGCUCAGGCCCCUGUCAGUGCCCCUCCUACCCAACCCCAACCUCGCCGUCUCCUCCCCAUCAAGCCCGCCCCCAUCGCCCCCGCCCCUCCCAAAAACCUGGGCUUCCUGUCCGCUAAAGGAAAUGUGAUCCAGCUGCCAGCGGGCCUGGGCUCCAACAACCCCGGCACACCCAUCGUCCUCACCAUCCAGCAGAGCCCUGGUCGCUCGAAUCAAACAUCCAACAUCCAAUACCAGGUGAUGCCGCAGCUGGGAGGCACACAGACCAUCCAGAUGAUGCAGCAGGGCGGACAGAUCCAGCUCAUCCCGGGUACCAACCAGGCCAUCAUCACCACGCCCAUGACGGUCCCCCAGCCGCAGCCCGCUGCCGCGCCCAUCACCCCGCAGAAGACGGUGGCCAUCAAGCCGUCCCCCAGGGGGCGGAAACCCAAUGCAGCCAACGUGGUGCGGCUGCACAGCGGGCUCACGCUGCCCCUCAAYGUAGCCACCGGAGAGGAGCCAGCGGCAGCUCCUCCCCCGCCAACAAAAGGCAGACGAGGAAGGAAGAAGCUAGUGGCAGCAGCCCCUCCACCACAGACCAUCUCUCUGCCCCCCGAGCAGAUGGAGACGAUAUUGUUAGAAGCCGGGGAGAAUAUUAUUCAGGCGGGGAACCAGCUCCUGAUCGUGCAGAACACCGGGUCGGGCCAGCAGCAGCUGGUGCAGUUGGUGCAGCAGAAACAGGAGCAGCAGGUGGUCCAGAUCCCCCAGCAGGCCCUGAAGGUGGUGCAGGCCGCCUCCGCCACCCUGCCUCAGGUCCCCCAGAGACAGCCUGCACCCAGCCUGCAGCCAGAGCCCACUCAGGUACACACACAAGUUGUUAGAGAUCAUCAAUGUAGCUCUCUCAGCAAACUGACAGAUCUAGGAGUUACUCCGAGUAUUAUAUCAUUGAACGCGGCCCAGCUCUCUUCGGCGGGCCAGGCCGUGCAGACUAUAAACAUCAACGGGGUCCAGGUGCAAGGAGUGCCCGUCACCAUCACCAAUGCAGGAGGGCAGCAGCACCUGACAGUGCAGACGGUGCAGGGCGGUGCCCUCCAGCUGGGCGGCGUGACCUCCCAGGGCCACCAGGUGCAGAUGGAGCAGACUCUGGCUCUGGAGUUGCAGGGCCAGCCUGGGGAGAAGAAACGCCGCAUGGCCUGCACCUGCCCCAACUGUAAGGACUCCGAGAAGAGGCCCGGCGAGGURGGGAAGAGGAAGCACAUCUGUCACAUCCCGGGCUGCGAGAAGACGUUCCGGAAAACGUCACUCCUCCGGGCCCACGUGCGCCUGCACACCGGCGAGCGGCCCUUCGUCUGCAACUGGGUCUUCUGCGGCAAACGCUUCACGCGCAGUGACGAGCUGCAGCGACACGCCAGGACACACACAGGAGACAAGCGCUUCGAGUGCAACCAGUGUCAGAAACGGUUCAUGAGGAGCGACCAUCUCACGAAGCAUUACAAAACACACAUAAACACCAAGAACUUGUGAGCUGUGCUGUAUACCGACUGUAUACACAGACAUGCCCUGAUGAACUAAACCCCAUAGAGGGCCGCAGGAGAGGAUACCAAGAGAGUAGUCCCAAAAAGGCCCCAUACGCCCCAUUCUCCCCCACAGAGGCUUUGUAGCCUGGUGUACAAACCAAUCCUCCCCCUCACGGACUCAACUGUUCCAGUCAAGUUAUUAAUGAUACAAAUAUAUAUAAUUACGGACAGCAGGCUUACUUACGUAGGCAGAAUGCGUAGAACAGCGAAAGGCGGUCUCCCAGAAAGACAGACAAGCGUGGCUGCUGUGUUCUGAUGACCUCACGCUCUGAGCGCCAUAUCCAAAUCCAGUCACCAGGCCCGAGGGAGGAAUGAGAGCAAAACUGAUAGAUUUAGUCUACCAAAGUACCCGAGCCCAAAGGAGACUCCAGCCACUCUUGCCCCUUCUUGUUUUUCCAUAUUUUAUUAUUUUCAAUAUUAAUAAUAACAAAUACUAUUUUUGUUGAAGCUCCAGAAUAAGGUUUUUUCAAAGUUGGUCCUCAAGCCCCACGAGUAUCCAAGGUACUUUUUUCAGUCAAACAAAUCCUAUUCAGUAAAUUGCACUACAUGCAUAUCCUUUUACAUGGUUUGAACGGUAUUUGUAAUUCUAUUGUUGUUCAAUAUCAAAGUAAUAUUAUUGAUUUUCCAACAAAUAAAUUAUUUGGUUGGAAAGAAAACAUGCAUACCUAUUAGGCCUUGGUGACCACUUUGAAACCUUACACAGUUCCAGACUCGGAAAACCCAAGUUGGCAAAAGAUUUUGUGCAUAUGCGUACAAACAUACAUUCACUCAUACAUGGGCAAAUAUAGAUAUUUAUUAUGUUCAGACAUAAUACCCUUUUCGGGAGGUUUUUUGUAAAUCGAAARUGUAAUUUAGCUUUUGGCAUUUGUUUGUUUGAGUAAAGAGUUACAAAUUAUUUUGAAUACAGACUCCCUCCUAAUGAGUUUAAAUGUAGUGCAUUGCUAUGUGUAUAUCAUUAUGAUAUUAACUAAAUAUGUCCCAAAUAUUGGUYUGGCGUGACAAUCAUGUCAUAAGAUGCAACAAAAAAAAUCGACAUUAAAAUGCUUUCUCGGGCCUGUCACCAGUUAUUAGAUUACAUUAGAAGUCAUAACUUGUCUAUUAUGAUCUACAUUAAGAUCCGUUUGAGGCAAAUAUGUUUGAUGAAACAUUUCCGAUUCGUAUGACAUAAAAAUUGACAAGCUAUCUACUAUUAUUUAUCUAAGGUUUCUGGUGUUUCAAUUCCUUUAACAGUCAAGGAAGAACACCAGCACUAAACCUUUACUCAAUAUGUUCUGUUCAAUGAAUACAUAUUGACUGUUUAUGUAGCUAACUGCAUAACAGCGUACAUUUUUWAUAUUUUUCUUUCAAAUAUUUAAUUAACUACUCGGAAAGAUUAAUACAUGUCCCCCAACAAAAAAAAUGAUCCUCAUGCAUUUUAAAAUGAGAUCAACAUUUCAUUGAAUAGCCCAUAUGAAAAUCAUGUCCAGUAUGUCUGGAUGCCUCAACUGGGCCUUGGGGACGGAAAGAAAGUCCUGCUCAUAUUUAUGUUUGUCUUGUAUGUCCUGAAUGUGUAUAUACAAUGUGUCUGGGAGACACAGUAAAAUGUAGGAUAGAAAGUUACACUGCCUUGUAUUUUGGCCGGCCUGGCCAGAGCUGAAGGAAGUGGACUCUGUACAGUGUGAAAGGAAAAUGCGUAAUGUGACAUUGUAUAGCUUCAUUCCUGCUUUGUACACCAUUACUUCUAGAUGAUCCCUUUUCUAUCGAAUUUAAAGUUGCCUUAGACAGUUGCACCCAGUAUUUAAAGAGAUUUCUGUCUAAUUUCCAGGGAAUGGCAUUUGUAGAAUUCCUUUUAUUUUUGUCUAACUUAUGUUACAUAAUGCCAAUGUUUAUGUGCACUGACUUGAGCCCAGGUUGAAAAUGUGUGAUUUUUUUAUUUGAUUUUUAAGUAAUGAUCAGUGGAUGAGUUAUUUUACCUAAACUGAAAAGGUCCUAAUGUUGGUCUCAGUGAACCAGGUGCUUUUCCCUCUCUAAACCUGAUCUACCACAGUAAUAGAUACAGACCCUGUGUAUGUCUGAAAUGGCACCCUAAUUCCUAUAUUGUGCACUACUUUCAACCAUAGCUCCAUGGUCUCUGGUCAGAAGUAGUGCACUAUAUAGGGAAUAGGGUGACAUUUCAGACUUCCUUUGUUUAACAGGAGUCCUCAGAUAUCCAGCUAUUGCCCAUCUUUUAUAACUUGUAUUAAGGCGCUUACUACRGGUGCUUGCUCCUUUUUUACAGUCACCCACCCCCUCAAUAAAGCAUUCAAACUGUA